AACAAGCUGUAGCCAGGAAGAGGGGGGGAGGGGACGUUCUCUCCGCCCGGGUUUCUCACGCCUCCUUAUGCCUUUAGGUGUGGUUUGGUUCCAACGCGAAGUCUCGGGAGCUGGUUGCGCCUGCUUACUCGUUAAGGAAGAAAAUAGCCCAGCGGAAAGUGGUUAAAGUUGCUAAGGGGUUGUGAGACGGACGUUCUCCCCCAGAUGCCAGCCGAAUGGUGCGGCCCUGAACUGGUCUGGGAGCCGGCCCGACGUGUCUGAGAGAGGCCCCGGAGGGGGCGGGGAGGUGGCUUACAGGACGCGGGUUCUGUAAAGAGACGUGGGAAAGAUUCGAAUCCGAGAAGAGGAAGAGCUCAAUUGAAAGGGAGCGAGGGCGCUGAGGUGGGGGGCUACCAAGAUGGCGACGGCCUCCAGUGGGCCGUCGGCGGUCGGGCUUUCACCGGCGGAUUCCGGGGUCCCUUCCUGCACCUCAUCCUCAGCAUCUGGAACCAAGAGACCCAUGGCAUCUGAGGUGCCUGGUGCUUCUGGCAUGCCCAUUAAGAAAAUAGGCCACCGGGGUGUUGAUUCCACAGGAGAGACAACAUAUAAAAAGACAACCUCAUCAGCAUUGAAAGGUGCCAUCCAGUUAGGCAUCACUCACACUGUAGGAAGUCUGAGUACCAAACCAGAGCGGGAUGUCCUCAUGCAAGAUUUCUACGUGGUGGAGAGUAUCUUCUUCCCCAGUGAAGGGAGCAACCUGACCCCUGCUCAUCAUUACAAUGACUUUCGUUUCAAGACAUAUGCACCCGUUGCAUUCCGCUACUUUCGUGAGUUAUUUGGCAUCCGGCCUGAUGAUUACUUGUACUCCCUUUGCAGUGAGCCACUGAUUGAACUCUGCAGCUCUGGGGCUAGUGGUUCCCUUUUCUAUGUGUCCAGUGACGAUGAAUUCAUCAUUAAGACAGUCCAACAUAAAGAAGCGGAGUUUCUGCAGAAGCUACUUCCAGGAUACUACAUGAACCUCAACCAGAACCCUCGGACUUUGCUGCCUAAGUUCUAUGGACUAUAUUGUGUACAGGCAGGUGGUAAGAACAUUCGCAUUGUGGUGAUGAACAAUCUUUUACCACGAUCAGUCAAGAUGCAUGUCAAAUAUGACCUUAAGGGCUCAACCUACAAACGGCGGGCUUCCCAAAAAGAGCGAGAGAAGCCUCUUCCUACUCUUAAAGACCUGGACUUCUUACAAGAUAUCCCGGAUGGUCUUUUUCUGGAUGCUGAUAUGUACAAUGCUCUUUGUAAGACCCUGCAGCGUGAUUGUUUGGUGCUGCAGAGCUUCAAGAUAAUGGACUAUAGCCUUUUGGUAUCCGUCCACAACAUUGAUCAUGCACAGCGAGAACCCUUAAACAGUGAAACGCAAUACUCAGUUGACACUCGAAGACCAGCCCCCCAAAAGGCUCUCUAUUCCACAGCCAUGGAAUCCAUUCAGGGCGAGGCUCGACGGGGUGGCACGGUGGAAACUGAUGACCACAUGGGUGGCAUCCCUGCCCGGAAUAGUAAAGGGGAAAGGUUGCUGCUUUAUAUUGGCAUCAUUGACAUUUUGCAGUCUUACAGGUUUAUUAAGAAGUUGGAGCAUUCUUGGAAAGCUCUGGUACAUGAUGGCGAUACCGUAUCAGUGCAUCGCCCAGGCUUCUAUGCUGAACGGUUCCAGCGCUUCAUGUGCAACACAGUAUUCAAGAAGAUCCCCUGUGUCCACCUUGGUCGCCCUGAUGUUUUACCACAGACUCCACCUCUGGAGGAAAUCAAUGAAGACUCACUUAUUUCUGACCUCAGCUUCACAAAACCCAUAGUUGAAGAAGAUUUGCAAAUGCUAACUACAAGUUCAUCCCACCUGGAAAAGCUUGAAAUUAUAGAACCAGAGUUCUCCCAUUGAGCAUAAAACCUCAGAAGACAUGGAACAAGAUUUUACAAUCUCUAUGAUCCCAAGGUGUUAGCCUUUGGCCCAGCAAUGCUGAGUUUCCUCCUCCUUGGUCAU